CAUAUUCGUUUGCGGUCCUUUGCAGUUCCUUGUGGUUAAUGUUUGUACUUUAAGGAACGAGAGCCCUCCCCCUCCCCCCUCUUUUACUCGCCCCAUUUUUCGUGCUGUCUUUCUUUGCUCCGAAAGCACACGGAAACGCUUGCUACGCGGGCUAAGCUGUAAGCGAUGAAAACACGCCAAAGCACGAAGUAAGGCUCUCUUUUAAUUUAUUCAUUCUGCUGAACAAAAUUUUAACUUUAUUUUCAUGUAGCGUUCGUACACCUCAAUAUAUAAUUUCUCACACAAAGUUCUUUCGAACGUCACGUUCCGCGUUCCAUUCAAAUAAUCACACCUGCCGUGGGUCUUUAUCGGAGACUUGAGCUUGUUUAAACUUGCCCGGUGAGGAAAGAUUUCCCAGCAUUCAUGGCUCCAAGUGUCUUCCCAGCUUCCCGCUAAAAACGUCCUCGUGAUGGAUCACGUGCUAAGCACAAACCAAUCAGACACCUCUAAUUGAAUUUCCCGCACUUUUCCUGCUUGAAAUCUUGGCGCGUAAUUCAUAAGUUGCUUCUCCAUCGCCGGGACGAGAGGUAUGUACAGUUGUUAGUUUGUGUGCUGCUUUAGAAAAGAAAAAUUGUUGAAAGUUACUCAAAAUGUCUCGCUACACAGUCAAUCAGGUAUUUGUAAAGGAGAAAAUCCUGUAAUGUUGAGACAUUUGACGCGAUUUUGAGGAGUCGAUGUCGAUUGAGAAGUUCGCUUUUCGACUCUAGGCGGCCAUCUUAAUAGCUUGAUUUUUAAUCGAAGAGAUGUCGUAGUUUUGUGUGUUAUUUCGCCGGUCGAUUACUUUAAAUUUCAUUCCUUAGUUCUUUUGACAAGUAGUAAAGACAGAUUACAACGAAAUCAUACAAAUUAUAGGGAUUUUAUGGGAGACACGCUGAAAUAAUUAUCUUACUUGAUCAACUCGAUUCGUCCAAUGCAAUAUUUAGGUUAAUCUUAGUCUUCGUUUGUUGCGGUUGUGUACAUCGGAUCAUUCAUGCUCAUAGCAGAGUUGUACUACAGAGCAAAUUGCGGACAUUUAAUGCUCCAUAUUAUCUCUGAUCCACACUGAUCGUUGAACGCGGGAACCAUGUAUUGCUUUCCCGCCAUUUUGAGUUAAUCGAUCAUUGUUGUCCUCCGACGAGCCUCGAGCGUUUAGCUUAUAUCUUUACUCUUUCAAAGCUUUAGCUUUCCUUUUUAUCGGCUCACAGCAGUAAAAAACGAGCAGGUCUCGGUUUCUUGUUGAUAGAAAAUUUUUGUGUUUCCCAUCAAUAGUUAGAUUUAUAUUGAAUAGAAUUAGCUGCAUGCUCGAUCGAAUUUCAAGUCUUCCAUUCAUUCCAAUCUAAUACUGAACAGUUCGAUGAAAUUAUGCUAUGAAGUAAUCGGUAAAUCUAUCAUUAAGUUUUAUAAAUUAUUUUCUAAAUGUUGUGGCAACAGAAAUGAAUUUGUAAAUUCCUUCUGGCAAGGAGUAACCAAUUGGCUCAUUACAAGCAAGGCAACAAAGUUGCACUUAACAUCUGAAAAAUAACUCCUGUUCCUCGGGAAUAUGCGAGUCUGAGGCAUGGGAGACCAGAGUGAUUUGCAUACGAAAAACCCAAAUUUCAAAAAUGGUUUAUCAGGGGUUUCAAUAAAAAUGGAAGUAGGCAGCAGGAAUAAAGUAAUUUGACAGUAUCCACCUGGGGACAGUAGGCUCUUUCUUGUAGUGGAGUUUAAGAGUGCACUAACUCAGAAAAUUUUGACCUUCUUUUCAGAUCAGACUGCUUUUAUUCAUCAAGACAUUCAUCUCAACUUCAUUUGUCAAAAUGUUUGAAGCAAAACUUGCACAAGGCAGUGUACUCAAAAAGAUCCUUGAAGCCAUUAAAGACCUGGUUCCCCAUGCAAACUGGGACUGUUCUGAUAAUGGCAUAUCUGUACAAGCCAUGGACAGUAGUCACGUCAGCCUGGUGUCUCUGUCAUUGAGUCACGAUGGAUUUGAGCCAUUCAGGUGCGACAGAAACAUCACCCUUGGCAUGGAUACUCCAACACUCUCAAAAGUUCUUAAGUGUGCAAGCAAUGAUGAUAGCAUUACUAUUAAAGCUGAAGACUCAAGCGAUACAGUUUCAUUUGUCUUUGAAAGUCAAAGUAAGUAAUUUAUUUCAAUUAAUUACUAUUUAUGCUGACACUGUUAAUUUUGUUGUCCAAAAUUACUACCAUAUGGCAUUAAAUUUGCUCAGAGUUUUAAUUUGGCAGAUUGGCAAUAUUUUGUAUGAAAACUGUAUUUUCUUGUUGGAAUUAAGCUUUGUGAUUUUCAGGAAAUUUCAUAGCACAUUUUGCUUUAUUUGGGCAAUGUAUAUGAAAAGCAAUGCCCAGUAUUGAAUAAUUGUAUGUCAUGGACUUUCUAUCACAGUCAAGAAUUUUUAUCAUCUUUUGAUGAUGGUGAAGCUCCACAUGUGCUUUAAGCAUAUGUCAGCAGAGCCCCAUAGCCAAGAAAACUUGUUUAUCUACCCAUCGGAGAAAUUUUGGUAGUCAUGUGAUUGUCUGCAUUACAGAGGAACCAAUGUGAAAUGCCACACUUUCUAACAGGAGCUCCACCUUUGCUAAUAUUUAUAUAUUAGAAACUGUUUUUGCCAAGAUAACUGGUGCUUUCAAUUUCCAGUAGCCUGGCAAAAUCCCCAUCUUGACCUAAAAUUAUCUGUGUACAUUUUUAUUCUUACAUUUAUGUUUAUUCAUAUCUUUAUUUCAGACCAAGAAAGAGUAUGUGAUUACAGUAUAAAACUUAUGGACAUUGAUAGUGAACAUUUAGGAAUCCCGGUAGGUCAUAAAGAUUCCUUAAAUGUUCCUUUUACCGACAAAUUUUAGGUUAACUCUUCGUGUCCUCAGAGUGGUGGCCAAAAUCUCUUUUCUCCUAACAUCGUCAACAGAAAGGUUAUGAGAAUUAGUAAAAUGAUCACCAAAGGCAAAAAUAAUGGUUUGAUCUUUUGUCAAAUUCUCUUAGCUAAUUGUUAAAGGAAAUCUAUGGAGAUCAGCCUCAAGGCUGUCAUGUGUGUAAUCUAAGAAAAACUUAAGGGAGCCCAUUGCUCUAAACCUGUGACCAUAUGAUUUCUGUGAAAAACUAUGAUUUCCUAGUCACCUAAGAGCAAAAGUGAAGUGCCAGGGGCCAGCCCAAGUCUGGAGAAUUUCUGUAUGGAAACUGGAGCUUGAACUUAUUCUGAGAGUUUAGCUUGAAAAGGUACAAGGAGAGUCAAAACUAACUUGUUUUCACUUUUUGAAGUCAUUAGCUUUAAUAAUUUUUUUUUGUGGAUGAUAGGACCAAGAGUAUGAUGCUGUUGUUCACAUGCCUUCCUCUGAGUUCCAGAGAAUAUGUCGUGACCUGACACAGAUUGGUGACUCUGUAAAAAUUAACUGCACAAAAGAGGGUGUAAAGUUUUCGGCUUCUGGUGAUCUAGGAGUGGGAAACAUUCUCCUUAAACAAAGUGCAAGCGUUGAUAAGGAAGAAGAUCAGGUAGGAUACUAGUAAUAAUGUAAAUUUCAAGUGCAGUUCAUAUUCUUGGGGGUCCUGUGCCACUUAGUGUUGAUCUUUUCAUUGUCCUAGCUUGCAACUUUUCAUAACUGCCAUCUUGAAUUUUUAAAAGACUGUUGUGUCAUGCAACAGUUAAGUGGCCACAAAAAAGUUUCCAUAUACAGUUAAGUCAGAGUUUUUAACAAUUAGCUUUUAGAUAGUCUGAUUUUGUGUUAUUUUAUUAUGUAUAUAGUUCAUUAUUAGGUUUAGUUUUAUAUGGAUGACCCCAUAAGCUGCAUAGCUUUUAAUAUCAUCACGCUAAAAUGGAGGCUGUCUAUCUGUCCACAUAUGCACAUAUAGGGUUUAUGUAAGUGGCUUUAUCUAUUGGGGUUUUACCAUCUGGACAUUCCCUCUAUGGUAGAACAUAUAUUAAUUUCAUUGUUUUUGAGUUCAUCAUGAAACAUCAACCAAAACAAACUCUAAUUUCAAAUGCACUCAAUAAUCUGCAAUCACUACUGUAGCUAUAUAUGUCAUUCUUGUUGUGGUCAUGGCUAACAACAUACCUGUAAGAAGGAUAUAUAUCAGCCCAAGAAAAUGUGUUAAAAAAACAUGUUUGUGUUAAAAUCAACACAUACAACUUCUUUUCCACCUUCCAUUAUUUACCUUUUUUGGUAUGAAAGUGUGACCCCUAUACCUAGAUUCCCAGAAGGAUGGGGCAGGAGGGUGGUGAAAUUAACAAACCCAGCAUUUAUUGAGAAAAAUAUUGACAUGUGUUUAAACCCACAAUUGCAGGUUUCAAUUGAACUAAAUGAACCAGUGGAACUUACAUUUGCCCUCAGAUAUCUAAACUUUUUCACAAAGGUAUGUACAGCAUCCAACCAAUACUCAAAGUACUUUAAUCACCUUCUUAAUAUUAUAGUCGGCAAGACUGUGAACUUACGAAAAUCCAUAGGGGUGCCCAGCAUAAAAUAUUAUAAUUGUGAAAAAACUAGGACUUCUUUGUCUGCUUAAGGUAAGUGAGCUGCAAGGGCCACCAGUUGCUACUAGAGAAUAGCCCUUUGGUAUGAACAAGUUUAGUCAACAAUAAUUAUAUUAUGCUAAUUCUAUAUAAUAUCUAUGUUCUAUUAAGUAAUUGGGCUUUUUAUUGUAUAUAGCUAUGUCACGUAAUUUUAGGCUUUAUACUGUGAAUAAGUUUUUGGAUUUCCUUUUCUUUCUCCAUUGUCAAGCUAUUUUUAUAGUAAUUGGUUUUUGCCAAGAGAACAGGAAGCUUAUUAGAAUCUCUAAGGUUAUAGGAGUUAAAUAAUAAUUAUAUAGUUGUGUUAUAUUUAAAUUUGAUAGAUUUUCUCUUACAUUUCCCUAGGCAUCUCCCCUAUCAAACACUGUAACCAUGUCACUGAAGGACGAUGUUCCUCUUGUUCUUGAUUACCGCAUUGGAGAAAUGGGCAACCUCAAGUAAGUUGACAUUUUAAUACUUAUGAUACUCAAGAUACUCAAACAUAAUUUCACGGUAAAUUACAUUCCCAAGCUUGCUUUGGUAUCAAGAACAGAUCCCAGAUUGGGGAUUUUCUAAGAGUUUUGUGAAACAAAAGCCAACUAACCCAGGAAUAUCUGAAACAAUGAGGUGAAAACUGAUGACAUCAAUUACUGGUGUGGGUAUCAACAAGUUAAUAAUGCAGAGAUGAUAAAAGGGAAAUCUAAGAAAUCUGUAACAAGCUUACAGAGGUCUUCAAGCUACUAGAUAUGUUUUGUAAAUCUUACAUUAGUAUAAGAAAGAUCUGAGUGGCAAGGUAAAGAUAAGUAAACAAUAUUGGUCGUGAAAAUAACAAAAAGUCGCAGUUUGACUCGCAGUUUGUCCCUAUAAAUGGAAUGAGUGUUUGCUUUGGUUUAACAUUGCAGUGCAUCAUACAAACUUUUUCUCUUUUUUAGAUACUAUCUUGCUCCAAAGAUUGAUGAAGAUGAGCCCAUGACAAAUGAAGAUUAAUUGAUUAUAGAUUUAAGUGUUCACUUUCUUUAUCGUGGACUUAACUUUUAACUGCCAUCAAGAUGUACAUAAAAAAGGGAGACGUGUUGGAUUGCACUUUGGUAUUUUCUGUGUUAAACACCUUCGGAAGAUUUCUUUCUUAAAAUAACAAUAGUAUAUUCAAACAGCCAAAUUUAAGUGCAUAUUUAACUGAAAUGGAAUAAAAACCGUCUG